AUGAAGACAGAUACUGUUGACUCACAAAACAAAAAUUUUGAAAACAAACUUUGCCUUACUUUAGAAAAGACAGUAGUUAAUAAAAACGUCGAUACCUCAUCUGCUCUUAGAAAUGAAACCAAAAGAGGUCCCGGAGAAUUAAAGGAAUGUACGACAACUUCAACCUACAGUUCAAAGUGUGAUUAUUUUCAUGGCAAGGAAAUUCAUAACAUUACCAGAAAUACGACAGAGAAACACAGUUGUCAUGUUGUACCUCAAACGAAAAUAUCUACUUUGAAGACUAAUUGCCAAGAAGCAGAUAUAGGUAAUAAUACAAACGUACUACAAAAUGCCAUAGUCGAGAUCAGUAGCAACAAGAACAACAAGUGGCCCUGGCCGCAGGACUUACAUAAACCUGAUUUCCUGUCAGAAAAUCUGCAAAUGAAUGCAGUGCCUUUUACCAGGACUACGUCUGCUCCCAUACUUCCCCCGUUCCACACACUGAGCCCGCUACACAGAAAAGGAGCUUAUGAUAAAGUCAGUGCCUUUAAACAAAUUUCCCAGUUACCGGCCAGUGUACCACAGUUUCCGGAUUACGCAGAUCCCUAUGGAAACUGGACUGGUAGAAACGUAGUUCACCAUAAUGUAAGACCACCCAGCAUUAACAGACUAGCAAACACGAAUACCUUGUACAGCUCUUCCGGAAUAUUCCCUAGGUGUAUCAGUAACACUCCUAGGGGCAACAACCUGUUUGGUGAAAGUGGUACAGGCCAGCAGAACAGCAGACUUCAGCAAAGACAAGGAUUUGCCAAUAUAUUGAACUCUUCUGCAGCAGCGUCAGUGCGGGAGAUUGCACCAUCAAACAUGGACAAGUGGAUGGCAUGGUUUCGUCAGAAUGAAGAGCUCUCCUUAAAAUCAAGCCAGUUUGAGGACAGAAUAUCUUUGCGUGGUGCUCUUCCUCCGCGUUAUCACUGCGACUUCUGCAAUAAGACAUACUCUACUUUUGGAGGACUCUCCAAACACCGUCAAUUCCACUGCUCGCAACACGUCAAGAAAGAAUUCUCUUGCAAAGUCUGCAACCGGGCUUACUCUUCCAUGGGCGCUCUCAAAAUGCACAUUCGAACCCACACUCUUCCUUGUAAAUGCCAGGAGUGUGGCAAAGCUUUCUCCCGCCCUUGGCUUCUUCAAGGGCACCUGCGCACUCACACAGGAGAAAAACCAUUUAAGUGUAGUCACUGUGGCCGUGCUUUUGCUGACCGUUCAAAUCUUCGCGCACAUCUACAAACGCACGCGGAGAUCAAAAGAUACGCGUGCAGUAAAUGUUGUAAAACAUUCUCUCGCAUGUCUCUGCUUACCAAGCACACACAGGGAAACUGUCUUGUUAACUUGAAACAUAGAUAG